UAGGCUCCGUGGCUUUAAUAAUCAGUCUUAUAUGGAGUAUUUCUUGGAAAAAUCGUAGGUCAACUUUUGUUUACAAAAGAAGUUGAUAAAUGAAUCGGAAUAAUACGAACUUUAAACGCAGCAGAUACAUAGAAUAUUAAGAAAAAACAUUUAAUCGUAUUCGCAAUAGUAUUUUACUUGUGAUAUAAGUAUAAAUGAUCAAAGCUUUGUAAAAAAUUGACAAGCAAUGUGACCAGCUGAUAGUUAGCGCGCGCGUGUGUGUGUGCGGGCGUACGUGCGUGCGUGCAUGCAUCGUGUGUGUGAUUAUUCUAUAAUACAUAUAUAUUACAACAUCAUCAUGAAAAUAAAUUCGUACAAACGAUGAGAGAUGCGCACCAAGGGACUGUUAUUAUUGCUAAUCUGCAUAGCAGGAAGCAGCAUCGUUUUUAUCGCUUUAAGCAAUCAACGACCUUCCAUACAAACACUUGUCACAGAAACUCACAAACAAUUACGAAAUUUUCAGGAAAACUUAAAAGAUGUUGAGGAAAAACGAUUAGUGACAGAUUCCAAGUAUUUAGCUUUGCUUGGUCUUGAUGGGCAAACUAGUACAACGCCUCUAAGUCUGAAGCCUCAGAAUGUGACAGUAGUGACACUUAUAAGGCCAGGAAGCGAACAACAUGCCUACGGCUUUGUUAGAAAUGUCAGUCACUUCUUGCCAAAUAAUAGUAUUGUACUUUAUAGCGUUGGUUUGAACGAAGAGUCUUUCCAAAGUAUCAAGACUACUUGUAAUUCUACGAAGUGUAAUGUCAUUCACUUUGACUUGACUCCAUUUCCAGCUCAUGUAGAAGAUGAUAGACUACACGUUUACAGACCUCUAGUUAUACAAACAGCUCUAAAUGCAUUAGGUAGUAUUCUAUUCAUGGAUUCAAAUGUUCGGUUAAAUUCGUCCGACGUUUCAAAAUAUCUCUUUCCAAAAUCAGGAGUAUUGACCUGGCCUACGAGGCAUGCCAUUAGUUCUUUAACUCAUCCAAAGAUGUAUGAGUAUUUCCACGCAUCAGCAGAAAGUUUCUUUUUUCUUCCUCUUAUAAGAGCAUCGCACAUAGUAAUUAGAAACACAAAAGAUAUUAGAGAAAAGGUAAUGCUACCAUGGGUUCAAUGUGCGCUAACAAGAGAUUGUAUUUGUCCUAUAGGCGCCCAAUCUGCAGGUUGUCGAUUUAAUAAAAGACCACAGUAUCGUUAUUCCGGCUGCCAUGCAUAUGAUACCUCUGCGCUUAAUAUCGUUCUUGGAUUACAUUUCAAUUUCGAUGAUACUUCUUACACGCAUCAGGAACGGGAAACUUAUUUCAACAAGAUACAAUCCGAGGAGAUAAUGGAAGAAUAUGCUAUUAUUGCAAAGCAGAACAAUGUUACGGAAUCUAACUCUAAAAGCUUUGUGUCAACUGACCGUUGAUAUUUCGGCGCGAUCUCAGUUUACUUUAGAUUAAUAAUAUUUAUAUUAUUCGCUGAUCAAGCACAACUUUAUUUAAGAAUAUAUAAGACAAAAUUUGUUGUUUUAAACAAAGUACAGACUUUUUCAUCAAUUUUGUGAGUAACAAGUAUCAUAUAAUUGGAAUGGCUUCUUCUCUCUCUCUCUCUCUCUCUCUCUCUCUUUCUCUUUCUCUUUCUCUUUCUCUUUUUCUCUCUUUCUAUGUCGCCUUUUUUGAAUAGCAUUACCGUAAAAUCAAAUAUCCAAAUAAUUUACAUAGAAAACAUUUAAAAUAAUUAUUUAAACAUGAAGACACAUCAAUAUCACACACAUAAAACAAUAUAUUAAAUAAUAUAUCAGUCUAUAAUAUUAUAUUGCUAUGAAAAUGUAGAAAAGGCUGUUGAAGAAGACAAGUCGUUCGCCUUCAGUAUUAAUUCUCUUUACAGAAUUAAUGAAAACGACUGUACAGUACUUAAUUAAUUAUUAAUGUAUUGGCACGCGAUGAUCUGUGAAGUUAAUCUAUAAUAAAUGCUAAAUAAUCAUUCAUGUUGAUUAAU